CCUAAUUUGUUUUAUUUUAUCAUUUUUAUGCACAGUGAAGUUGUUCACAAAUUCCACCUGUGUUGGGUGCUUUACUUGUGUUUGGCAUUUUAACUUUUGCUCCAUCAAGUAAAUUGCUAAAAUGCGAAUGGACUGCAAAGUGUAUGUUGGAAAUUUAGGGAACAAUGCAGCCAAACAUGAGCUGGAAGCAGCCUUCAGCAAAUAUGGCCCUCUUGUGAAUGUUUGGGUUGCACGCAACCCACCUGGAUUUGCUUUUGUAGAAUUUGAAGACCCCAGAGAUGCUGAAGAUGCUACCAAGGCCCUUGAUGGAUCGCGGAUCUGCAAUGCUCGAGUCAGGGUGGAGAUGUCAACAGGACGUUCCAAGCGCGAUCGUUACCCCUCUCCUCCCCGCCGGAGAAGAUCCAGGUCGCGCAGCCCGCGACGCUCCGCACGCUCUCGCUCCAGGUCUCCUCGCCGAUCGCGAUCUCGAUCUCCCAGGUAUGCCAAGCGUGGCUCUCCUCGCUACGAUGACUACCGACGCCGCAGCGAAAGUCCCAUCACUCGUCGACGGUCGCGGUCACACUCAUAAAACACGUGCAUGGUGAGAAGGCUUUUAUUCGGCUGAGGACACAUCGCUGGUUUACCCUGCGUUAGUGAGUUUCAACGCACGUUUCUUUGGUGAUCGAAAAUCACCUCAGCAAACCCUGGACGAUAAAGUAACGUCCUGUUAACUUUAAUCAUUCUUUCUCUAUGUAUGUACCUCGUGCCGUAUUAUUUCCCUGGACGUUAUCUCAUUUAUUGUGUUGAGUAAUAUGUAGUUAGUAAUUAGUGAUGUGCUUUCGUUUUGUGAGGGUACUAAUCGCUUAUCGGCGUGCAUUGAACUGUUUUUUUCUAUGCAGCAAACGCUGUCUCAGAUUCGUCACGUAUAACUAUUUGUAUGCAAAUCGUAAUCUGAUUGAUCUGAUAUACGGCAAUUUGCGUGCCUUGCAGGACUCACAUUGCCCGUAGCACGUUAUUAUGAUGGUUGAUUUGAUCAGGUGCUUUCUGUGAAGUAACACAUUCAUUAUCACUUCCACCAUCAAGUUUCAACAUCGUGUUUCAUGUUGGGGGCCAUUCAUCAUCACCAUUAGUAUAGCUACCUUCCAUCGUUUACUUUACACGGUAGUCUUAUCGUUUACUUCUCAAUUCAAAGCAGCCUCAUCACUAGUGCUUAUCUAUUAGUCCGAAAUUUCUUCGAUUUCUGUCACUUAAUUGCGUGGAAUCGACUAAGUUAGAUGCAUUUCAGUGAUAUCUUGCUUUGAUAGGAAAGACCUGUAUAAUAAUUGUUUUGUAGAAAGAGGCCUAAUUUACUCUGUGACGAGUUUAAAUUGAGGGUAGGGCAUAUGAAUCACUACAUAUGCAGUGAUUAUUAUCUCGACUGAUUAUUAUGAAUAUUAUCAUCGUGUCCCUUUAUUUUUUAGGCGUCGGUUUACUAGGUAUUUUUCGGUCAAGUUGUGGAAUACAUGUAGAUGAUUUGACAAUGUUUCAUGAGGCAUCCGAAUAUCGCUAGGAUAAAACAGCCAAACAUAACCUGAUUGGCGUAACUAAUAGGAUGGCAUCCAACGCAAUGUAAGAUUAAAGCUUUCCGACUGAAGUAUUGAUCGCAUACCUACACAUGAAUUGUUGAAAUUCACUCGCUUGUUUUUCAUUCCAGGUUCGUAAAGAGAAAAUGAAACUAGUGUUUGCCAUUACAUAUGAAACCUGACGAAUAAAAACUACAACGUAUCAUUAAGGCUUUAUUAUCAUGUGCAUAUAAAAAAUAGGAUAGCAACAAGCGUGUGGCGAAAUUUUUUACAUUAUGGGCAAGUCGAAUAGUGACAGCCGCUGUGCUUUGUUCAGGGAUUACUAACGUUAAUUUGGCAUAAAAUUACAUUCAAAAUAGUGAACAUUUGUUAACCAACAUUUAGUUGGUUACAAAAUUAGCAAUUACGACGUCGAUGCUUGUUGUGAGCCAUUUAUAUCGAGUAGCUUUACUUUUUCGCUCACAUGGAUGUAAGUGGGAACACUUUAGAUCUGUGAAUCAUAAUCAUCCCAUUGUAAUUUCAUCCCUUUACUGAAACAACCUGCACGUCAAUAAUGUUA